AUGGAGGUUGAAUGGGUUGACAAGGUGCUGCUUCAAUCAGACAAGUCCUUGGCAUUAGGUUAUUUGAGAGUUGCUUUUUAUUUGGACAAAUUUUAUGGAGAUAAGAUUCAUAAAUGGCCUCAGCAUGCAUUUGCAAGGAAAGUGCAAAGGCUGGAAUUGAACCUGUUUCCAGAUGAUGGCCCGCCUUCUUCUCGAGAAUCAUAUACUUUCCAUUAUGAACUUUUUCGCCUUAGCAGUGGUAAAUCUCAACCUGGUUACUCUGAAAUCCGUCAUCAUUCACAGAUUGGCUUCAAGUCCCUUAGAGCAUUGAGUUUGAAAAGUCUGAAUGUAACUGGGGAGGUACUGGAAUUCUUCUUGAUCAAUUGUCCAUUUCUUGAGCGCCUGGUAGUGGAGGCCUCUUCAGUUUUGAUCAACCUUCGAGUUUGUGGUCCAUCUAUUGCCUUGAAAUAUCUGGAGGUAUGCUACUGUUUGAGGUUGCAAUCCAUUAUUGUCAACGACACAAAUUUAGUCUCCCUUAAAACUGCUGCAGCACACCAUCUUGUACUUCAGAAUGUCCCCAUGCUUGUGAAUGUAUGGGUUUCUGGGGAUUCCCUUAACUUGGUCAGGGAUGUUGUUUCUUGGCUUUCUUGCUGCUUGUCAAAACUAGAGGUUCUUACUUUACGUGCCAAUACGCUUCACAUUUCACAGGAAAAAGGAAUUGUUCGUGAGCUUCCUCAACUUACUAAUCUGAAGGAGUUCGUCUUAAUAGCCUUUGCAUCAAAAGAUGACAGUUUGAUUGGAUUUACUUCUUUGAUCAGGGCUUCGCCCAACUUGGAGAAGUUUGUGCUGAAGUUGGAAUCAUGGUGGGAUGAUAUGGUCAGGGGAGAUAGAAAGUUGAAGAAAGCUGCUAGCUUUCCGCUCCAACAUCUGAAAGUGGUCGAGUUACUUGGAUACUAUGGUCACAGAAGUGAACUAGAACUUGUUGAAUACUUCCUCGAGAAUACUAUUGUCCUCGAGAAACUUAUAAUUGACCCUCGUGGUCCGCGUAAUCUCAAAUCGCCCAAAAUGCGCAAGGAAAAGAAGCAGGAAAAGUUAGCUAGAAAUUGUGCCAAGCAACAGCUCAGGGGAUUAAUACCUUCACAUGUUGAAUUUUCGAUUCUAUAGCUGCAAACAGCAAAUGCAGCUAAAUUUAGGUUCAUGCACACGAAGUUGUGGUCCUUGGCCUCCGUCAAGAUUUAAGUGUUUAGCUAGCGCUAAUGACACUUGGGUUUGGUUACUCGUUAAUUCCAAAAGGUCCAUAUUUGUUGUGCAGGGUGGAAAUGGAGCACUGGUAGUGGGCUGGAAAUGGAGUGUCUAGAAUCAAGACCUCUCACUUUAUUUAUUUAUUUAUUUUAAAAAAGAAGGUAGAUGGAGAGGUUGUCGAGGACAGGAGUACUUGUAUCAUUCAUAAAUAAUAAUUACAUAGCUGAAUGAAGUGUAAACCAUGAUGGUUCCUACUGACGGUUGACACGUUUGCCUU